AUGGCGAGCAGCGUAGAUGCGAAGCUGUUGCGAACGACGAAGUUUCCUCCCGAGUUCAAUCAGAAAGUCGACAUGCAAAAAGUCAAUGCUGAGGUGAUGAAGAAAUGGAUCGCAGGGAGGAUUUCUGAGAUUCUGGGCAAUGACGACGAUGUCGUGAUUGAGCUAUGCUUCAAUCUCAUUGAGGGUGCUCGAUUUCCCGACAUCAAGAAAAUGCAGAUACAACUCACUGGAUUUCUCGAUAAAGAUACGGCCCCGUUCUGCAAGGAACUGUGGAAGCUCUGUUUGAGCGCGCAAACGAGCCCGCAGGGCGUCCCGAAGGAAUUGCUCGAGGCGAAGAAGCUGGAGCUGAUACAGGAAAAGCUGAAAAAUCCGCGGAAGAAGCACGCAUCCGUCGGGAAGAGGAGCAACGCCGUGAACGGGACACCAAUACUAUUCGCAACCGUGAGCGCGGCGAACGUAGCGAUAGAGGGGAUAGAGGGGAUCGAGGGGAUCGAGGGGAUCGAGGACGCCGUGGAGGACGAGGAGAUACAUGGCGAGGAGGUCGCAGCGAUAGAGACUUCGAUCGUGGAUCAGGCAGAGGAGAUAGGGAUUUUGGUCGCGGGGACAGUGGCGGAAGAUGGGAUGACAGAGGUUUUGAACGAAGGGGCCAACGGUCAAGAUCGCCUCGCCGGAGAGGUUCUAGGGAACGUCCAGCGUACCGAGAGCCCCCGAGAGUUGAUUCCUACGUUCCAGGUGGUCGGAGUGGGAGGAGAAAUGAUCGUAGACGACCAUCCUCCUCUGUAUCACGAUCGCCAUCUCCUGCAAGACCCAAGUCAGGCUCUCGCACACCUCCACGCCGACGAGCACGCUCCAUAUCUCGAUCUCGAUCUCGCUCCCGCUCGCCGCCUCGUAGACGAUCGAGGUCACCAGAUCGACGAAAUUCAUACCGUGGAAAGGGUGGUAGAGGACAAGAUCGUGGAAAACGUCGAAGAUCGCCGACUCCUUCUGAUUCCUCCCGCUCUCGUUCUCCAAGACCCACCAGACGUAGAAGAUCUUCCUCAACUGUCUCCCGAUCCCCGCCUCCAAAGUCUCAAAGAUCCCGACGCAUCGCUAGUUCCCCCUCAAGAACUCCUUCAAUCUCCAGAUCACGAAGCCGCAGCCCUCGCACUGUCACGAUCUGGAAGGGGUCGUGAACGUGACGAGCGUCGGCUAACUAGGAGCAACAGCCGGAGUAUAACGCCGCAACGCCGUCGUCGAAGUCGCUCCAGAAGUUCUAGUCGUAGUGUGAGAGACCGAAAGCGUCGCCACUCUUCGGUUGAACGUUAUGAACCAUCAAAGAGGCGACGAAAUACCUCUUCCGCUUCUGCAAGGGAUAGAAAGGCUGAUAUUGAAGAAGAGAACGACAGGGACUCAUCACGACGAGAAGAAAGCAAGAAUGCUCCGCCCGACGAGAUGAAAGAUCCUAGGAGGCAGGCAAAUGAAUUGCGAGAGAAGUUACUCAGGGAGAAAAUAAAGAAGAUGAGGACUAUCGGUGCCGACUCGUUUAAUGCGAAGGCUAACGCGAGUUGA